AUGCCGCCCGACGGCCCCAGCAACAGCUUCAACACUCCCCCCGCCAACCACAACCACAACCACAGCAACAGCAACACAAGCAGCAACAUCCGCGUCUUCGUCCGCUGGCACGAGCAAGUCGUCUUCGCCGGCGAAGAGCUCAAGUGCACCAUCACCUUCAAGAAUGUCGCCCGCCAGCCCACCGCCUCCUCCUCCACCACCCCCUCACCAUCCCCCUCCACAACCACAACAAACACCCUAAAACCCUUCCCGCCCAACGCCUCCCACCACCACCGUGGCCCGCGCCAGCCCUCGCCACUACACCCCGCCCGCGCCGCCAAGCAUACCACUUCCUCGGGGGGCGGGCUGGCGCCGCCCCCGUCGGGCGGCGCGAGGGGCCAUCGCUCCAGCUUGUCGCUUUCGGUGCCGUCUGCUGCGUCGAGGGCGAGGGCGGGGUCCGUGGGUUGGGCGCCUGCGCAGGGUGCCGGUGGUGGUGGUGGUGGUGGUGGGAGGGGGGUGAGGAAUGGGGAGGGCUGGUGUUUCGUCUUCGCCGAAGCCGCCGCGGCCGAGGGGACAUGCGAGGGCGUCGAGUUUGCAGAUAUUGCCCCGUGGUGGGCUGCUCAAUGGGCCGCGUUCUGGCCGACAUCAAGUGGAUUACCAAUGAGGACGAGGGAGCUCGUCCCGACCAUAAACCAACAAGGGGUGGCACCGACCGCGAAGAUUUUGUCAACACUGAGCAUAGCCGGGACACCGAGGAGUAACGGCCAGUUCUAUUCUCUCAGCAACAACUCCUCCGAGACAUUUGCCUCAGAAUAUGUGACGCAACCGCCCCAGCGGUCGCAAGUCCGCCCGCCACACAACAGGAGGACGUCGGGCCUUGCUGCGAGCGCCGCGAGACUACCCGAAACGCUGAUGAUGGGCUAUGCUCAGAUCCAAGGAUCCUUUACGCUGGACGGGUCACUCAUAAAUAUCGGGCCCUUUGAGGCCGUCAAACGGAAAGCUGUCGUGGGCGGCCAGGGCGGCGGCGUUGUCGGGUUGGAGACGCCAAAACGCGAUAGCGGGUUGCUGCGCGGGUUCGGAUGGGGCAAUAUCACGAGCUCUAUUGGCGAGCUAUUGGGCGGCGGCGAACUCAGCAGCAUCAAGGAGAUGCGCGGGAUUGCCAACUCGAAAGCGGUACCCCUACUAUCUACGCCGCAGUCUAUUUUGUUUGUCGAUCUACAACUGGCUCCAGGCGAGAGCAAGGCGUACGAGUACACUUUCAAGCUACCCAAGGGACUACCACCAACGCAUCGCGGGAAGGCGAUGAAGAUAUCAUACAGCCUUGUCAUAGGUACCCAGCGGCCCGGCGGCUCCAAGGAGCAACGGGUCAAGUCCGUGGACGUGCCGUUCCGAGUAUUAGGCAGCGUUAACAGCCACGGAGAGAUAUUAGGCCACGACCUAAUGUCCCCAUACAUCCUCCUGCGGGACCAGGCCCGCGUUCAAACCGUCACCGGCACACAACAGAAAACCAACGGCAAAUCGACACCCUCUUCGUCGACAGCCUCUACAAUGGCCUCCUUCCUCACCUACGUAGACGACCUACUCUCUCGCCCGCAACACGAUCCCAACCAAGCAAGUGGCGCCCUCCUAAGCCCGAGCGCCCCCCUGACCCCCCACUCCCCGACCUCCUCCCGCCGCCCCUCCAUCAUGUCCGUCUCGGACCAUCACCCCUUCAUGCCACCGCCCACCGCCAAAGAAGCCAUCGAUCUCGCGAUCCUCCGCUCCAACUUCGCCGGCGGUGGCAGUGGCGGCCCAAGCAACAACCAGUCCCCGAACCGCUUCGAGAUCGCCCGCAACGGCCGCCGCGUGGGCGUCGUCAUGCUCACGCGGCCCGCCUACCGGCUCGGCGAGACCGUGACGUGCGUCGUCGACUUCCAGGGCGCCGAGGUGCAGUGCUACGCGGUGCACGCCGCGCUGGAAACGGCCGAGAAGGUGGACGCGAGCCUGGCGCUGCGCUCCGAGGCCAGCGUCAACCGCGUCACCCGCAAGGUCUGGGGCAGCGGCAGCGAGGCCGCCCUCUACGCCCGCCGCUGGGUCUUCACCGCCGCCAUCCCCGUCGCCGCCACCCCGGAGUUCGUCACCAGCGGCGUGGGCCUCGAGUGGAAGGUCCGGCUGGAGUUUGUCGUGCCGGUGCAAGCCGCCGCGGUGGUCGCGCCCACGCCGCUGGCGUCGCAGGUGCUUUAUGAGGAGAGCGGGGAUGGGGAGGAUGGUGGGGAGGGUGGGAGUGCUGCGGCGGAGGGUGAGGGGAUGCUGGAGGGGGAGAGGCGGAGGGAGAAAGAGGCCAAGGCCCAGAAGCAGCAACAGCAGCAGCCGCAUCCGUUGCUGGAGGAGAUCUCGAGGGAUGAUCGCGGUGGGCUGGUGCUGGUGGGGGUGGAGAAUCUAAUGUGUGAGAGCUUUGAGGUGGCCGUGCCGCUGAAGGUAUAUGGCGCGGCGUGUAAUGGGCUGGAGAGGCUGGAGCGGGACGAGGCGAUGGAUGAGGGGCUGCCUGUGUGA